AUGGCUGGUGCUGGAGAGCCUAUCCCGUACAGUCUGUACGUGUACGCUCCAAACAAAGGAGCCCCCAUCUUCUUCACUAUUGCCUACGCCAUCUCGACCAUCUUUCAUAUCUGGCAAUGCUAUCGCUACAAGGCCUGGAAGCUUGUCGGUCUACACUGCAUCUGCGGUGUCAUGUUCACAGCCGGCUAUGCAAUGCGUGAGUAUGGUGCAUACAACUACCUGUACAAGACGACGACCAAGCUGCCUUUGGCCAUUUUCAUCACCAGUCAGGUCUGCAUUUAUGUGUGUCCUCCACUGCUUGAACUCGCCAACUACCACGUCCUCGGCCGAAUCUUUUACUACGUACCCUAUUGCGCACCUAUUGCUCCAGGCAAGGUUCUUGCUACUUUCGGUGGUCUUAUGGGCCUGGUCGAACUUCUCAACUCUCUGGGAGUGUCUCUGUCCGCCAACACAUCGUCAACGCCCGAGAAGCAGGCCCUUGGCAGCCACUUGACAAUCGCCGCCAUCUCGCUCCAGCUCAUUAUAAUUAUCAUCUUUGUAUACCUGGCCUACCUAUUCCAGCGACACUGCUCCAAAACCAACGUCCAAGCUACGUCUGUCAAGACGCUGUUGACUACCUUGUAUAUGAGUAUGGCGCUCAUCUUCGUCCGCUGCAUCUACCGACUUGUAGAGCACACUGGCAAUACCAAGGUAGACAUCGACGACGUCGACUCGCUCAUGACACUCAGCCUCAUCCUUCGAUACGAAGUCUUCUUCUACAUCUUCGAAGCCGUCCUCAUGCUGAUCAACUCGAUCCUCUGGAACAUCUGGCACCCCGGCCGCUUCCUGCCCAAGGACUACCACGUCUACCUCUCCCAAGACGGCACCGAAGUCGAAGGAGAAGAGGACUCAGACAACAGACCUCUGCUAGCCAAGGCGGGAAAUGUCUUGACUUUUGGCAUCUUUUGGCGCAAGAAGGAGCAGGCUCAGCGGUUUCAUCAACUCGGCGAAUAUCCAGGUGCUCAACAGCAGGAAGGUUCUAGACAAUAUGUGCCCGAGGAGUCCAACUAA